UUGCAAGUGUUCGUUGGUAGCUUACCAAGCUAGCUCCCUCUCAUUUCCGUCGCCGCCGCCUCCAACGGCUCUCCUCUCCGCCCCCAUGUUUACACCACCGCCGGAACCCUAACCCCCACAAUGCCGCGCUCUGCCAUCUCGCUCCGCGUUCCGAGCCGCCGCCGGUUUCUGAAAACCCCCAUCGCCCCCUCAUCCGUCAACUACUCAUCUGCUGCCAGCGGUCGCCCAGGCGGGCCCUGUACCCCGAAGCUGCGAUGGAGCUUCAGGGAGAGCCAGGAGGGCGUCAGCGAGCAGAAGGCGCCGAUCGCUUCGUCCGUCAGGCGGCUUGGAGCCGCGGUGUGGCGCCUGCGGCCGUCGGAGGAGGCGCCCGCCGUAGAGCGUCAGGGAAAGUCUCGUGUCGACCUUGAGUUUAUACCGAGACAUCUGCAGGUCCAGCUUCUCAGGAAGCAUCAUCUUGGUCACAAACAUGGUCUGAAGGUUGAGACUUCAAGCCCCAAUUCCGUUUUGGAGCAACACAGCGAAGAGCUCCACAAAGUUCAACUUCAUCUAGCCCCAGCUUUGAUGCCAAUCACCACCUUGGAGAAUGCAACAAAGUGGGAGUCUGAGAGCGUAAAGGGGGAUGAAUUGGAUGGUGCCUAUGUGAUUGCCAACCAACUUGAUCUCAUUGAAAAACAGCAAGGGCAAACUCAUGCUAAUAUACUCCACAUGGAGCUCCAGCGUGCGCAAGAUAGGGUCGACAAGCUAGAAGCUGAGCGGUCGUCAGCUAAGAAGCAGCUUGACCGGUUGUCAGCUAAGAAGCAGCUUGACCGGUUGUUGGAGAAACUGAGGGAGGAGAAAGCAGCCUGGUGGAGGAGAGAACACAAGAAGGCCCAAUCCGUACUUGAGGAUAUGAAGGCAGACCUCGACCAUGAGAAGAAGAACCGGAGACAACUAGAGAACAUUAACUUGAAGCUUAUUGACGAGUUGAAGGAGGUCAAAUUGGCAGCCAAUAAUCUGUUGGAGGAGUAUGACAAGGAGAGGAAGAUGCGGGAAAUGACCGAGGAGGUGUGCAACAAACUGGCGAGGGAGGUCGAGGAACAAAAAUCCGAUAUUGAAGUCUUGGAGCGGAACUUUGUGAAACUGAGGGGGGAGGUGGAUGAGGACAGAAAGUUGCUACAGAUGGCCGAGGUAUGGCGUGAAGAGCGGGUGCAGAUGAAACUUGUGGAUGCAAGGCUCACUCUUGAAGACAAAUAUGGUGAGCUAUGCAAAUUGCAACAGGAUGCUGAGGCCUUUGUCGCCUCUUUGGGUUGUGCCAAGGGAGACAUCAGCAUUCUAGUAGGAGAAGCAGAGAACAUUAUAAGGGAAAUUGGCUUGGUGAGGGACCAGGAGAUUCAGUUCAAGUAUGAGACGCCUGCAGCAUCGGAGGAAAUACUAGCCAUAUUCGAGGAGCUCCUCCCGAGCCAUGAGCUCGGACGAUGCAAGGCGCAGAGGGCUGAUAUAUGGCUGGAGAAUCCAACCAAUAGAAACCCUUGCCAAGACAGUGAAAUAGAAGAUGGGAACAGCUGGGAGACUACAAGCCACCAAGACGUUCAGGGUUCAAGCUUUUCAUGGAACGGGAAUGGAAGCGAACCUUCAGUCAACAAUGUAGUAUGUGACGGAAUUUCCUGGACAAGUGGAGACGAUUCGGAGGAGGUCUGGCAGAAUGACAUGAGCAAUAUCAAAGUUGUGGAGCACAAGAAGAAACAGUCGGCAAUAUCAAAGUUCUGGGGGCAUUGCCCUCGGAAAAACCAUGGAAUCCAGGAGGUGGAGGUGGAGAACUCGUUGAACAGAGGUAAUAUGUAUUAUUACUCUGGCGAAGCUGCAAAUCGGGGUAUGGGACAGAGCUCCCCAAGCAUGGAACCAUGGAGCUCGCCGGACUCGAUGAACUGUGGCUUCAGAGGCUGCAUGGAGCUGGUCCAGAGGCACAGCCUGAAGGCAAAGCUUCUAGAAGCCCGGAUGGAGAGCCAGAAGAUCAAGCUCCGCCGCGUGCUCAACCAGACAACCUGAACCUGCAAACGCAUAUGCACUUGUCACCUGCAGUUUCAUUUAAUCUACGCCAUGAAAUAAGUCCAUCUCUUGUAACGUAUAGUGUACUACACAGUUAGCCGUACGUAGAUUCCUAGGCUCAUCUGUAGUGGUUCAAGUGCCACUACAUUUGAAACAAAUCUGUAGUAACGCGUGGUCAUUGAUGUGUGAUCUAAGAAAAAACUGCGCUGUAUCACUAACAACAAUGAGUCCUGAUAUUACUACACGUUUUCUUUUCAGACUA